UCAGUGAAGUCACGAUGGCUGAACAAUUCGUUUCGCAGCGCGAAAAAAGCUUGAAAAUAAUUGAAAAAUUUAAAUUUCGGAAAACUAAUCGGCCUCUGAGUUCGGGUGAGGAUAAGUGGCGAUGUACAGUUAAAACUUGCACAGCAUUUUUAAAAACGGUAGGUGAUGACGAAAUAAUCACUGAACAAAAUUUAAACCAUAACCAUAAAUCUUUAAGUGAUCAAAACCUCCAAAAACAAUUCGUGACUGGUAUUGUAAAACGCAAGGCAACUGAAGAUAUAUGUACCAAACCAAGUAAAAUAUUUUGUAACGCUAUUAAAAAUUUGCCACUAACGGAACAUUUGCAAGUAAGUGAUGUACGUAAUAUAAAAAGAAAUAUAUAUAAUGCUAGAAGAAAGACAUUGCCUCCAUUCCCUAAAUCAAUCGAAGAAGUUCAAUUAAUUCUUGACGAACGCGGUGUUCAAACAAAUAGAGAUGAGUUAUUUUUAUUAAUAAACAACAAGGAGUUGAAAUAUGUUGUUUUCAGUUGCAUUUCUAAUUUAAAAGCUCUUGCGUUAUCAAAAUGGUUGUACAUGGAUGGUACGUUUUCAUACUGCCCUAAAUACUUUACACAAAUGUUUACAAUACAUGGUUUUAUCAACGGUUAUUAUAUACCACUCGUUAUAUGUUUACUCUCCGAUAAAAGUACAAUAUCAUACACUAAUUGCUUAAAAUCUAUUUGUGAAUAUAGUUUCCAAAACAAUAUAACUAUUUCACCAUCCGAUGUUGUAAUAGAUUUCGAGAAA